AUGAAGUUAACUUUAAUUGAAUGCAAACUUUGGGACGUUAAUGAGGAAGGAGAAAGCACAUAUAAACGUAAUUGCAGGACAAAUUGCUGCAUUGUCCUUUUUCCAGUUCUCCUCUGCUUGAUAAUAUCUGUCCUCCAGCAUUUUGUUAACGAUCAAUUAAAGGAUGUCAAUAAGGAACUGUCAAAACCUAGGAUAUAUAUUCCUCCAAAGUAUCCCCCGUUAUUGCAAGUUCCAAAACCGCAAUUUCGUGCAACGCAAUCCGAUUUUAUACCAUUUACAGACCUUCCAGAUGAAUCAUGCAAGCAGGCAAAUUCAUGCCCUGCUACCAUACUUGUAACCGGCAGCAACCAAACUUUUGCAGAGAGUUUAACGGGCAACAUGUUCAUGAAUGUUGCCUCCUUGAAUUUCCCAAACAACCUCUCUACUCUAGGAGAUCUCGUUAUGGCGACAGACUCACCACCUUCAGAUGCUCCACCUAUUGGUGAACGUCUAUAUAUGCUUCAAUCUAAGUGCAAGCCAAACUUCUCUUUUUCUGUUCCCUUUCGGGUAGGAAAUGUUACUUUCGAGCAAGAAUUAAAAUGUCUGCAAGGACUGUUGCUCUGGCGUAGCAGUUCAUCACUGGUUAAUGAUGAACUAUAUAAGGGUUACUACCAAGGAAACAAAGAAACAAAGACAAAUGAAAUUGCUGCAGCAUAUGACUUCUUACAAUCUAGCAACAGAAGCUACUCUGUGAACAUAUGGUACAACUCAACGCGUCUGCAUAGAGCUGAGGAUCCUGUUUCACUGCGUGUUCCACGCUCUGUAAACAUGGCCUCUAAUGCAUACCUCAAGCUUCUAAAAGGUUUUGGGGUGAAGAUGCAGUUUGAUUUUGUCAGAGGUAUGCCAAAACCAGAGAGUCUAAUAAUAAGGCUGGAUUUAGCUUCUCUUCUUGGCGAGCUAUUCUUUGUAUGGACCUUGGAGCUGCUUUUCCCGGUUAUAUUGAACAAUCUGGUUUACGAGAAGCAAAGAAAACUAAGAGUUAUGAUAAAAAUGCAUGGACUUGGUGAUGGGCCAUAUUUAGUUAUAACAUACACCUACUUUCUUCUUUUAUCAUCACUUUAUGUUCUAUGCCUUGUGGUAUUCGGCUCUAUAACAGGUGUAUCGCUCUUUGCCUUGAAUAGUUAUAGCGUACAGUUUGUAUUCUAUUUCUUCUACAUAAACUUGCAGAUUGCAUUCGCUUUUCUUGUGGCAGCAAACUUUUCUUGUGUAAAAGCUGCAACAGUAAUAGGAUACAUCUAUGUGUUUGCCUCCGGACUUCUAGGACUUUACUUUUUCAAAGACGUCAUCACUGAUGCUUCUACCUCAAGAAUCUGGGUUAUGCUAAUGGAAAUGUUCCCGGCAUUUUCCUUGUAUCGAGGAUUAUAUGAGCUCUUAAACUAUGCAUCUAGGGGAAAUAGUUUCUUCACUUCAGCUUCAGGGCUUUCAGGCAUGCAGUGGAAAGACUUAAAUGACAGGGAAAAUGGAAUGGAAGAUGUCUUAUUUUUAAUGCUUUUGGAAUGGCUUCUGCUUCUUCUGGCAGUAUAUUAUUUGAAUCGCGCCACCUCUGUGGGAGAUGAACGGAGAAAUGGCACCCUGUCUUUCUUUUCAUGUUUCUCGAAAAAACAUUUCGAAGAUUCAUCCAAACCGAUUUUUCAGACACAAGAACUUAAAACUUCUGUAGAAAUGCAGAGGUCUGAUGUUUCCCAAGAAAGAGAGGUGGUUGAACAACUUCUAAGAGAACCUAGUACUAGUUAUUCAAUCAUAUGCGAUGACCUCAAGAAGGUGUACCCAGGAAAGGAUGGAAACCCAGAUAAAUUUGCUGUUCGAGGAUUAUCUCUUGCCCUGUCCCGAGGGGAAUGCUUUGGCAUGCUUGGACCUAAUGGCGCUGGAAAAACUUCUCUGAUCAAUAUGCUGAUUGGAUUCAUACGACCAACCUCUGGCACAGCAUACAUUGAAGGAAUGGAUAUACGAGUAGAUAUGAACAAAAUUUACACAAGCAUUGGUGUUUGUCCGCAGCACGAUUUGCUGUGGGAGACACUGACGGGCAGAGAGCAUCUAUUGUUUUAUGGUCGACUUAAAAGCCUAAAAGGUGCAGCACUGGCUGAGGCUGUUGAAGAAUCUCUGAAGAGUGUGAAUCUAUUCUACCACGGCAUCGCUGAUAAGCAAGCUGGCAAAUACAGUGGUGGCAUGAAGCGGCGUCUAAGUGUCGCCAUUUCAUUGAUUGGUGACCCACAAGUUGUUUAUAUGGAUGAGCCUAGCACCGGAUUAGACCCAGCAUCAAAAAAAGAUUUGUGGAAAGCAGUGAAGCAAGCAAAGCAAGACCGAGCAAUUAUUCUUACUACGCAUUCAAUGGAAGAGGCAGAAGAACUAUGCGACCGAGUGGGAAUUUUCGUCGACGGUAGUUUGCAAUGCAUUGGAAACACAAAGGAGCUUAAGGCAAGGUACGGAGGGUCUUACGUACUGACAAUAACGACAACAUCGGUCCAGGAGGAAGAGAUUGAGAAUCUCAUUCGGAGUCUUUCGCCAAACGUAAACACGGUAUAUCGAAUAGCGGGGACGCAAAAGUUCGAAUUGCCGAAGCAGGAGGUGAGGAUCUCCGACGUGUUCGGGACGAUGGAAUACGCGAAGAGGAGGUUCAGCGUGCUUGCAUGGGGUUUGGCCGAUACUACCUUGGAGGACGUCUUCAUCAAAGUCGCCAAAGAUGCGGAUGCGUUCACUACUCCAUCUUAAGAAAAGGUAGCAUGCUACUCCAUCUUGAAGCGUUCACUACUCCAUAUCGAAAGUUAUAGUGGCUGUAAUUCCUAAUAAUCUAAUGGCGAGGUGAUGAAGUAGUAUAUUUUUGUACAAAAUCUGUAAAUAAUAUAUAUAUUCGUACCAAAUUGUCAAAGUAAUGACGGGGUUAUUGGAGGGUGUAUCAAUUUCCAAUAUUAGUUGUUUAAACAAUCAAUUAAUGAAGA